CUCAAGGACUCUGAAUACCUAGUUCUAACCGUCAAUUAACAGCGCAGUUGCAAGAACCAUGUCGGGCCUCGUCGAAAAGCUGACUGCCGAAGGGGGCGGUGAAUCCGCAGAGUUCUUGAACGACAUCGUCAAGCAGCUGUGGCCCAAUAUCAACGCCGCGGGCAGCAAGAUGGUCAAGGAGAUCGUGGAGCCCAUGUUCAAGACGAUACUGCCGGGGCCCCUGGCCACCCUGCACUUCACCAAGAUCGAUCUCGGCCCGGUCCCGCUGCGGCUGUCGAACGCGAAGACCACCAAGAGCGAGGAACACGGCAUCAAGCUCGACCUGAACGUCGACUGGGUGGGCAAGGCCGACAUUGAAAUGGACGCAGACAUGAUCCCUGCCCUCGGCGUCAAAAGCGUGCAGCUUCAUGGCAGGCUCUCCAUACUGCUAUGCCCUCUCACAAAUGUCAUACCACUGAUCGGAGCCGCCCAGAUCUCAUUCAUCAACCCACCAGUUCUGAAGCUUGAUUUCACGGGCGCGGCCAACGUGGCCGAUUUCUCCCUCAUCGACGACACCGUCCGCAGCGUGAUUCUCGGCAUCAUCAACUCCAUGUUCACACUCCCCAACCGAUUCCUGGUCAAGCUCGACGCCAACGCCGACUACUUCAAAACGUACCACUACCCACUUGGCAUGGUGCGGGUGACCGUGGAGAAGGCGUGGGGCUUUGGAGAGGAGGCCAAGUCGUCCACGCGAAAGUUGUUCAACAAGCUGACUCGUGCCGCUCCUGACUGCUAUGCCAAGGUCGACGUGGGCGGGGAGGAGUCGUGGAAGACGGCCACCAGGAACAACACGAACAGGCCGUCGUGGAACGAGACGCACGACUUUGUGGUGAGUGAUUUCGACCAGUGCAUCAAGGUGGACGUGCUGGACGAAGACGUCAACGGAGAUGAUGAAGUUGGUCUGGCGGUGACCACCGUCCGCGAGAUUCUGGUGGCUGGAGGCAGCCAAGAACUGCCUCUGGUUCACAAAGGCGAGGAAACGGACGGCAGGGUCGCGAUCUCGUGCGCAUUCUUCAAGUACGUGGCCGACGCCGGGAGCCUCACCGCGUCCGACCACAAGGGCGACGGCCGCCUCUCCGGGAUGGCCACCAUCCUCGUCGCAAGCGCCUUCGGCAUCAAGGGCCCGCGCGAAGACCUGAAGCCGAGCGUGGUCGUGACGUGGGGCACGGCCCACCGAUUCCAGACCGCCGUCAAGACCGACGCGCCCGGCACCGACAUCAGCAAUCCUGCCUUCGACCAGGCGUUCCGACUCCCCAUCACCACCGAUCUAGUAGGCAGCAGCCCGGACGACUUCCGCAUCGCGCUUCUGAACGGCGAGAAGGAGAUCGGAGCCGUCGACAUCCCGUUUGCGAGUGUGGCGGAGGCGCCCGACAAGACCCUCCAGCAGAAAUUCGACGUUGGUGGUGGAGCCUCGGUCAGGGCCAGCAUUCGCCUCCGAGGCAUUGUCCCGGGAGAGAUGCCACAGGGAGCAGCGCUUCCUGAUAGACACAAGUGAUGAGACGUCCGACAAAUGUGGUGGAAUUUCAUUCCUUAGACCGCACCUCAAAUCCCUUCAGAUCCAUCUUGUCUGUAACAAGGCAGGACUGGUUUUCGUUCCUUCUUCUGAGUGGGAUCUGAGUUCGGGCUCUGGGAGGCGAGUCGACAGUGUGGUUCUGCGGCAGAGGAGGGAGAAGACGAGGAAUAGUCAGUUGUAAUUCUACCUUUUCGGUUCCCUUGCCGUCUCCAAAGGGGGGCGGAGUCAGUGACCGCUCAGGGAGCGUAGGCUCUGCCCUCAAGGGGGCAGCUCCGUUUGUAGGAUCAUCUCAGACUCUCCUCGCAGCUCAAGAUUUCGGGGCUCUACGCAAGGUGGACAACGUAGAACGGACCCAUGACCGAAU